UGAAGACAGAAGGUAGCUUUUCUGUAAUAUACGUCCUGUGUUUGUUUUUUUGUGUAUAGAUAGAAAAUACAAAAAUAUAACAACUUUUUUCAUAAUAAAACCAAAUAGACUGGAUAUCUAGCUCGAUGUGACAAUUAUAAAAUAACUCUGAGAACUUUUUAAGUUUUAAGCGUAUAAUAGCACUCGUAUACAGUAAUUUCUACUUCCUGCUGGAAAUGUUACUUCUGAGAAGAUUUAUAAUAACCAUAUUACGAAGCUAGCUGCAACGCGUGAAUUAUCACAAUGGACUCUGGUACUGAUUGGUUAUGUGAGAUUCUGCAAAAUGUGCAGCUUGAGCAGUUCUAUAUACCGAUCAGAGACCAGCUACAGAUAACAAGAUUGGCGCAUUUUGACUAUGUACAUGCAGAAGACCUUGAAAAAAUUGGCAUUAGCAAACCUGGCAUUCGAAGACUGCUUGAUGCUGUUAGAAAAAAGAAGUUACAAUUGUGGAAUAGGAAAUUUUGGAAUAAAUUGUUUGGAUCAGGUUCCAUCACAAGAGAGAAGACUGAUAUAGCAAUCAAACCUCAAAUACAAACUGAGGGUCGGACAACAUGUAUUAUAUUGGAGAAAGAUAUUGUGUUACACAAUGAAUUAGGUAAUGGAUCAUUCGGAGUUGUAAAACGAGGAGAAUGGAGAAUGACAGAUCCAUCAAAUCAAAUGGUGCCAGUAGCUGUUAAAGUAUUAAAGGCUGAUGCAUUCUCUCAGCCGGGAAUUUAUGAUGACUUUAGAAGAGAAGUUGAGGCUAUGCAUAGCUUAAAACAUCCUAAUUUAAUCAAAUUACAUGGUGUUGUUUUUCAUCCUCUGAUGAUGGUGUGCGAACUAGCCCCUAUGGGUGCUUUAUUAGAUUACAUAAGAGCUCAAGAUGGUAAAGUGUCUUUGAACUAUAUAUCAAAGUGGUCUGUUCAAGUAGCAGCUGGAAUGGCACAUUUGGAGAAAAAUAGAUUUUUGCACAGAGAUUUAGCUUGCCGGAAUAUAUUGUUAUCUAAUUUAGAUUUGGUUAAAAUUGGUGAUUUUGGUCUAAUGCGUGCUCUGCCGGAUGCUGAUGAUUGUUACGUGAUGAGUGAACGUCGUCGUGUACCAUUCCCCUGGUGUGCUCCUGAGUCAUUACGUUCUAGGCAAUUUUCUCAUGCAUCUGAUGUUUGGAUGUUUGCUGUUGCACUAUGGGAAAUGUAUACUUUUGGAGAAGAUCCUUGGAUGGGAUUAAACGGUUCAGAGAUCCUUCGCCUUAUAAUGCGUGAAGGUCAACGUUUAUCAGCUCCUAAUGCUUGCCCGCCUGAUAUUUACAUGCUGAUGAUGCAGUGCUGGGACCUCAAUCCCAAGGAACGUCCGACCUUUGUUGGUAUACAGCGGUACAUGGAGACAAAUAAGUUUGAAACAGCAAUUGCUAGUCUUAGUUAUAGAAAACAUGGACAGAUGACAAUAGAAGCGGGGGACGCUAUAGUACUCAUAGACAAGAGGCCUGAACUGCACUGGUGGAAGGGACAGAACCAGACCAGUCUCGAAGUCGGAUUAUUUCCCAGUACAUUAGUGACGGCUGUUAAAAGCAAGAACGUUCAAAGCGCCAAGAAAGCUCCGGCGCUGUCACCGGUUCGAAAAGCGGCGGCGGGCGGUGCGGCGGGCGGCGCGGCGGGCGGGGCGGCGGAGGGCGCGGCGCGGCGGCGGCGCACGGCGGAGGCGGCGCAGGCGGCCAGCACGCGCGCGCCGCACGCGCACAGCCGGCACUUCACCUACAACAAGCUCGUCAACGACCGCUCCGACGCGCCCGCCGCGCCCGCCGCGCGCCAGCUGCGCGACCACUACUCCAAGAGCCUGAAUCACGUGAAAGAAGAGCUACUCAUCGACUUGGAUUUGCCUCCAAUGACUAACAGAACUACACCAACCAAGAAGCAAGCUAAUCCCAAUAAUAUCUCUAUUUUGGAUGAACCGAUUGAUGUACCAGAAAUCGGGCAAGAAUUAGAUUGGGGACAACAAAGCAUAGAAAGCCUACCAACAUAUUGCACAGAAUCUCAGGCCGUGACGUCACAACCGAAUUUGUAUGGUGCUAAAUCUCUAGACGGGCUCAACGUGACGACUACUCAAGCUUAUACAUCCCAGGCAGAUCCAUUCGACACUUCAUUCUGGCCGACGAAUAACCCUGAAUCUCCUAGAACUAAACCCACCUACGAAUUACAAGUAGACGAUACCCUUAACAGAUACAGUCAAUCUCAAACGUACUCGAAUUAUGCGUCAACAAGUGCAGAUGGAAACGUAUACAAUAACAUGACACCAGCCAUGAAUAAUGUCACGAGCCAAGCUACAUCAUAUGGCACGUUAGCAAACGCCAAUUCAACCACGAACGCUCUCUCAAAGAGGAAUAAAGACGAAUCAGAAAUGACCCUAACGAAUGAAAACGUGAAAUCGUUAGCUGAAAUGUCGCUGGACGACAGGAUAUCAGAAUCGUUGAAUCUCAGAUCGAAAAAUACAAAUGAAAAUGUUUAUGCGAAUAGCAGCACGUAUGGUAAUGUUGCCUCCACAUCGAACUUCGGUAACGCGAAUAACGAAAGGUACAACGACAUACCGAUUUACAGUAACUUCGAGAUUAAUCCGACGCAGCAGCAGUUCAUUUUGGAGACCAAGGAUUAUUACACGAAAUUCUCGACACCGUCUGGGAGUCAGACGAACAAUGACUACGAGAAGAACAUUUAUGUGCCGAAAUACGAAGAGGAGGGCGAGAAGUUGAUGAACUUCAGCGACUCCCUCGAGAACUCUAAGAACUACAGCGCUCUGAAGUACCAGAAUGUUGAUUAUGGGCAAUACGGCUACUCGGCCUACGGCGCCUCCACGUCUCGGAAUGUAUUGUACGAUGAAGUGAACGAUACUGCCAGUAAUAUAUACAGUGAGAUCGGGGAAACCCCCGAUGUGUAUGCGAGUGCAAAUUAUACGAAUACUUGUAUAUAUGAUGAAGUGUAUGAGCCCAUACCGAGACCCCACCGUCCGGCGCCUCCUUGCCCGUAUCAACCCAAGUAGGUUUUAUAGUUUUGAAAAAUUAUCUCACUUAACUGUCUAAAUUAUUAUAAGUUGAAAUUAAAAAACUGCAAAGUCAGUACCAUAGUGAAAUUUAACAUAAAUAAAUUAUUGUUUUAUAUAGCAUAAUGAUUGUCAAUUUAACAGUUUGUUUUGAAAAGUGUAUAUUUAGAUUUAAUAUUGGACAUGAAACUACUGAUCGGACUGAAUUUAUAUAGAAGAAUUGAUGAUAAUUAUACUUUUGCUUUAUUAUUAGUUGUGAUAUAUAUAUAUAUUUAAAUUAUGAACAUAUGAAAGGUUUUGUAUAAAAGCGACAAGUCGUUAAGGAUGUAUCUGGUACGGAAGUAAAUUUAGUAAUAAACUUAAAACAGAUGUAUUACUUUUGGUAUUCAAUUGAUAUUUUGUUUUUGUUUUUUAAAGAUUCCAAAUGAAAAAUAUUUUUGUAAAGUAUCUACAUUUACAUAAUUAGAAAUACAUUUGGAUUCCCCUAUCUCUAACAUUUAAAGUUAUUCUGAUAAAGCGAGGUGCGUCGUGGGUCACCCAGUUGAAAAGAAGUUGCUUUCGCUAUAUUAAGUAUAAAAAAAAACACACUCACACACAAUGAAAUAAAUUAACAAAGUUUGUGGAUAAUUUAAUGGCAAGAAAGAUUAUUAUUAAAAGUCUCGUGUGAAUUAAAACAAUAACAAAAUAUAUGUUUAAAUCAUAUUAUAUAAUUCGAUAGAAAGAGACAGAGAGGAAGAGAAGGAACCAUUUCACUCCAGUCAGUUCACUAUACUAAAGCCUUGUAAAAGAACUGCGUUCCAAAAAUAUUGACGCCAACAGAAAGACCAUAGAUAUAAAAUAUUUGGUUGUUUUUACAUAUACUAUGGGAGUUUGAAAUGGAUGAGUGUAUAUUUCCGAAUUCUGAUUUAGAUUUGUCCAUUUUAUAUUUAUUUCUAUUACUGGUUAUAUAAAAUACAUCAGUAGAAAAUGUCUUGUUUAUUUUAUCUGUUAACAUCUGUCUUCAGAUUUGCUACGUCAAUUGACUUUUUUUUUUAAUAAUAGAGUCAUGACUUAAGGCAUAGUUCCUAAAUACAAGAGCAAAUUUUCUUUUAUUCAUAAUAGUAAAUGUGUGUGUAAUUUACUUUUUUUUAGUUUAAAGAAAUAUCUGAAAUUAACGAAUUGAUUAUAUUUUUCUCAUAGUUUAUAAUUUAUAGUAUAAAUAAUUAGUUGCCGCACUUUCAAACGACACUUACAUACAUGUCAUAUCAUUUAAAAGUGCAGCGAUUAAAACUUAUAAUUGUUAAUGUGCCUGGGCCAUCGCGAAAAUUGUUGUGGGCAUUACUAUCGAUGUAAAGAGAUUAUACGUACCAAAACCGGAUUUUUAAUUUUUCAAUGAAUGAGAUUAUUUAAUAUUGUUCAAUGUUUACAAACGGUAUUUGUGUCGAGAAAUUUAAACACAAUUAUCCCGACAUCACAUGGUGCCUCACCGCAAUGUACCUGUUAGUUUUAGAUCUAGGUUUAGCGAAGAUAUUCACUUGAAGCCAGUUAAAGUAUAUAUUUUUUUUACAUUAAUUUAUACUUUUCAAAACAUCCAUUUUCAAUUUUAUUUGAAUCAGAACGUUUAUUAGAAAGUAAUACAGUCUGACUAAAAAUACAAGUAACGCUUUGAAGACAAUUAAAAAAUAUAUAUAUAUUUUUUAGUUAUUACAGUUAUCUUAUCUAUGUGGGCAGCUAACAUUAGUUAUAUUUGAUAUAGCCAUGACACUUCUAGAAGUUAAUUUAAGUUGAUUUGAUUUAUGCUUCUUUAUUUGAAAGCGCAAAUGAUCAAAAUUGUUUAUUCAGUUCUACAAUCCGGUACAAGACAAUAUUUGUAUUAAAUAUUUAAAUGUUAAAAAAAAAAAAAUUGUUUUCUCGCUUGCUACAAAGUUUGAAUACUAAUACUAAUUUCAAUUUGUGUUUAUAUAAAAUAUGAAGAGUACUACAUUUUUAGUAGCCUUAUAAAAUGUAACCUAACCUAACCCAAUAAUCUCAAAUAUUCUUAUAAUAAAUAUAUGUCUGUAAAAUGUGCUAUUUUUUACUCCUAUUUUAUAUUCUUUAGCUAGAACAACACAUGAUAUUAUGUCGUCAUUAUAGCAAGAGAUCUUUAUAUACGUGUAUAUAAAUUGUUUUGUUAAUGUAUGUAGGUGCGGUACAAAAAAAAUCGACUAUUAAACAUAUAAUGUAUAGACUUAGAAAGUCACAGACAUACCUUCUUAAUAUAAAUUGAUGUACAGUUAAAGAGAGUGUUGUCUUUUUCUUUUAAAUGUUAUAUUUAUGGUGAAAAAAAGUGAUCAAAGUGUUUGUAGUACAACCUUUAUUAGUAAGACUUUUGUUGGAACAUCUCAUAAGUGUAUGAACUUUGGAAUCCGUAUUAAUUAAUAUAAUAUAUUAAUUUAUUAGCAUUGACUCUAACUAAUGUUUGAAGCUAAUAAGCUGAAAUUGCUUUCGACAAAUACAAUGAUAUUCAUUUUUAUAUUUUGUAGCGAAAAAUCUUUUUUCAAUUUGGUAGAUAUAAGAGUGUGUAAAAUUUAAAACUGCUCUAGGUUUAAAACGUCUAAGGAUGUAAUAAUCGAGGUCUGUUAAUACUCUUAAUGUUAAUAAUGUGUAUUGAUAUAAGCCUUUUUGUAUCUUUAACUGUAAAUGUAAUUUAAUAAAGUGCAUGUAACGACUUUGUUAUAUUACUUGCAUUGUA